GUAACUGCAGGGUUUUGGAGGACAUUUGUUACACAGGAAGACAAAGCAGAGUUUACUAAAUUUGUCUUUCCACAAGUAACCUUUCUGAAACUCUGGGACCUACCAGAACUGAGAACUUUCUACUGUGGGAGGCAUACUUCAGAAUGGCCAUUGUUAAAAAGGUUGGAGUUAAGUGGUUGUGACAAAGUAAAUAUAUUCACUUCAGAGUCUUUUAACUACCAGGAAAUUAAUGAGGCCCUGCUGAAUAUUCCUGUGCAGGAAGCUCUCUUCUUGGUGGAGAAGGUUGUUACCGACUUGGAGGAAUUGAAAUUAAGUGGCAAGGAAAUUACGAUGAUAUUCCAGGGCCAAUUCCCAGAUCACCUUUUUCACAAUCUUAAAAUGCUUGAGAUCAUGAAUGAUAGGUCAGAAAAUUUCCCACUUGGUAUCCUUGAGACAUUUCGCUGUCUGGAAAAGCUUGAAGUAAGAUCAAGUUCAUACAGAGGGAUAUUCCCUAAUGGAGACGCUGUGAGACAUGCUCCAAUGCUUGAAAGCAUAAAAAGUUUGAAGUUGUGGAAACUUCCUGAUCUGAAGUGCAUCUGGGAACAAGAAUCUGAAGCAGAUUCUAUUCUUCAAAAUCUUGAGAUUCUGGAAGUAUGGUGGUGUGAUGAUUUGAUUAAUCUGGUGCCAUCCUCAGUUUCUUUCCAAAAUCUUACAAUUUUGGAGUUAUGGUGUUGCAGAAGAUUGAAAAGCCUUCUAGCACCAUCCACAGCCAAAAGUCUUGUGAGACUCGAAAAAAUAGGUAUAGAAGGAUGUGAAAUGAUGACAGAAAUAAUAGCAAGUGAGGUAGAUGUGGGAGAACAUGAGAUUAUUUUCAGAAAAUUGAAGUUUUUGUCACUUGAAAAUUUAGAAUGUCUCGUAAGUUUCUGUUCUGGCAAUAGCACCUUCACAUUCCCAUCUCUGGAAGAUUUGUUUGUGAUAGAAUGUCCCAUGAUGAAGAUUUUCUCUACAGGAGUCUUAGAGACACCAAUGCUAAAUAAAGUUAGACAAAAUCAGGAAGUAGAUGAAGGGUUUUGGCAAGGCGACCUCAACGCAACCAUAAAAUGGUUAAGCAAAGAAAAGAAUGUCCAGAAUUUUGAAGAAGGUUGUGAUCAUCCUUUUAUUUAUCAUGUGGAGUAAGGCCAUUUUGCAAUUUGAUUUGCGGGCGAGUACCACAAUUUGCUUUUGUUCAUCUUAUGCAACCCUGUGGCUUGGCACUAUUUGUAUAUGUAGUCCACAUUUGCAAACACUGAGCUUUAGACUCAAACAUGCUGAAGAAAGAUAGGACCCAUCAUUUGUACAGCUGAGAUACGUAAUGAUUUUCUGAGCAAGGCAAGCAGAAGUCUAUAAAGAAACAACAUUCUAAAGAAUCUUACUGCCAGAAGCCUUGAAGUGCAAAAAUUUCAGCUGGCCAUGAUAAUCAGGUUCUGUAAUUGCAAGAUGAGUUAUUGCUUACUAUAUUUCAACUCAGAAAAUGCACCAAAAUGAGACUUCUGAAUAUGGCAAAUUUACUGUCCAGCUUUAGAUGCACUAAGUGCUGUUUGGAAGAUGGUGAAAGGUAGGGGUGGCUUUGAGCCCAGCUGGCCUCAGGCUUGAAUCCACAUUCGGAUUGAACAUGCUGAACUCAAGCUGGAACUUCAGUUCAACAGCUUGGCUCAAGUUUGGAUCGAUUUGCCCAUCUGACAACACUGUUCUCUCCCCUAGCAACAUAGCUCAUCCCUCCGAUGACACUGUUUACCCUUAGUUGGCAGAACUGCUCACUUUGUGGUAGGCCUAAGAAGAUACGAUACAUCAGCACAAACGAGCUCGAGCUUGAGCUCAAGCUUAAAUACGAGUUGGGCAUUAUGGAUUCGAACCAAGUUUAAGUUGGGCUCUUGUUCAGCUUGGUUAAACUCAAGUCCACCCCUUGUUAAGGAGCCGUUCUGUAUGUGUCUGCUGGAGGGAUUGGAUUUAUAGUCUACUUAUUAAACGUAAUGGUCCCAAUCCACCAUAUAUAUGGGCUCCUGUAUGACAAAUUCAGUAACAUUUCUACAUUUGUUCUGGACUUAUUUGGUUAUGUUUUGACCUUUUUUUUUGUUUAUCUGAUCAGAGUGAAAAACAUCAGCUAUAUCCACAAUAUUGAUAGAUUUUAGUUCUUUUUAUUUGUUCA